UCUGUUUAUUGUUGCUCUUUAAAUUCAUACCUGGCCAUCAGCUUUCAAGCUGCUACUAUCCGUAGUUGGUUUGGACGCAAUAUUAGUGGGGCUGCUUCCUACUAAAAGUCUCCUCUCUGAAUGCAAACCGAUGACCAUGAACGACGACAACUCCAACGGUCCUAUCGUUUAUGGACAGUCCCGUCGCUGCCAAUGUCUUUGGCACACUGGGCGCAGUCCUCUGGUCCCUGCAACUACUCCCGCAGAUCUGGAAGAACUGGAGGCGCCAUGACACGGAAUCUCUCUCGCCUCUCUUUUUCCUCUCCUGGGCCGCAGCGGGCGUCCCUCUGGGGGUGUACAAUGUAGUGUCCGACUACAACAUUGCGCUACAGAUUCAACCACAAAUCUUGAUCUUUCUCAGCCUUAUCACGUGGUCACAAUGCCAAUACUACGGAAAGCGAUGGGGCCUCAGCAAAGUCACACUCUGCUCUCUCACAAUCAUGAGCAUCCUCGGCGGUAUUGAGGUCGGGCUGGUCUUUGCGCUGCGUGUGGCGCGCGACAGAGGCCACGACUGGGCACUGACGCUCAUGGCUGUCCUCGCUGCUGUGCUACUUGUGGCGGGUGUGCUGAGGCACUAUGUCGACAUGCUCAGGACGAAGACGGACGGAGGCAUCAGCUUGCGCUUCGCGGCGCUGGAUGCCAGCGGGGAUGUGGCUUCGCUGCUGUCCGUCGUCUUCCAAGAGACCCUGGAUGUUCUGGGGUUGGUCAUCUACGGCAGUGAGUUUGCGGUGUGGACAGUGUUGAUGAUUCUCGUGGUUUAUUUUCGUCUAUGCGGACGUAAGCUUGAAGCUGGCGAUGACGAAGAACCGCGUGGCGCAGUGGGCCAUGUUGAAAGGCAAGCUUGAAAUCAAUCACAUCCAGGACCGGAGCCUGUUGUAAUUCAUGGUAUGACUUCCGCCACGACAGCUCAGGAGUCGUGACACCUGCUCCGCCACGUACAGAUAGCUCAAGGUGAUAAAACUCGAUCUGGCUGAGUCUAUUGGUCUUUGAAACGCUUAUCAGAUAAUUCUUAUUGCGUACUAAUGCUAGAACUCGAAUCACCGAAAUUGUAGGAGACUGAGGAAGCCAGACGCAAUCUGCAGCCGCGCCGAACCGUAGGUCUAGGAUCGGGGGUACCGGGGGGACCGGAGCGCGGCCCUGGAUAGUUCGGUAUCCGCUCCCCAGAAACGAACACGGUUGACGGCUUCGCCG